AUGAAUAUCUCUACAGGGAACUUCACCACACCUGCAGCAUCCACAAACUCCACAACUGAUAUUAGACUAUUGGAGAGUCUGGAAAUGUGUGCAUACAGCAUCUGCUUCCUUUUUGGUCUUCCUACACACUCCUAUAUUAUAUGGCUCAUUGUCACAGGAACGGGAAGUGGAGUCGCAUCAGAGUUCUUCAACCUCAAUCUCUCUGUUUGUGAGAUUGGUAACAGUAUUAAUGCGGUGUUUGGUCUACUGUCACACUUUUCUUCACUUUUCAAAAUACUAACAGAUUUUGUGCAAGGACUCUCCAUCACUGGCCGUCCUCUGUUUCAGUGUCUGAUGUGUGUUGAGCGUUACCUGGCAGUGGUUCAUCCUGUAACCUUUCUGAAGUACAAACCUCUCAGAUAUAGAGUGAUCUGCUGCACUGCGGUCUGGAUAAUCACUCUUGGUUCUUGUUUAUUCUGCAUCUUUUCAGCCUCAGUCAACAGAGAGGCAUAUGUAUGGUUUUUCUCAACAGUGUUCCUCCUCUACUUUUCCAUCCAGUUGUUUUGUCUUGUGGCUGUUCUCAGAGCUCUGAAGCAGUCAGGACCAGGAGAGAGAGGGAGAGAGAGAGAGGAAAAAAAAAACAUGAAGAAAAGAGCAUUUUUUCUUAUUCUAUUAACAACAGUGAAUAUGAUUAUCCAAAAUGUCCCAUUUACUAUCACAGGAUUAUAUAUCAUUCUAACUAAACAGGAAAUUAAUGACUAUUGGUUUCCUGCUUUUGUUUGUUAUGUGUUGACUGGUUUUUUGCAGCCUUUUCUUUAUUUGCAACGAACUGGAAAGCUGUUCUGCCUCUGUUCAUCAUAA